AAGUUCUUGGCUGCAAAGAAGCUAGAGCAUUGCUUUGAAAUAUUUCCAAAUUAAGUGGCAAGCAGUCAUAGUCUCACAGUGUCAAGUAUAUUUCAUGGUUUUCAUCUUUGCUUCUCCUUCACACAUCAGCUAGAUAUAAACUUGGUCCAUUUCCCAACUUGGUAGGAUCUGUAAGAUAUUAGAAAUCAGUCCUUGUUGAUUGACCGAUUUUAAUAAAACCAACUCAUUGAUGUUAUAAUCGCGCAUGUUAUAAUCAACUCGUUUGAUCGAGAACAUAUUGCACCUUGAAUAGAAGUUGCUACUCUUUUUCUUUGUAUUAUCUCGAUAAGUUGCUAUCUUUAUGGCAUUUCCUGCUUAGUAUAGCUGUACUCUUCCUCCACAAAGAAUACAGCAUUGAAUUUUCUUCUCUAAUGUUAUUGUUGUAGAAACGCUAGCCACAAAGGAUCUAAUUGUGUAGCUUCUUUCAUGUAGCUAGUUGUCGUGUUCUAUUCAGAAACAGUUAACAGUACUUAGGCCCUUUCUUUUGGCUAUCCAGGUUGUAGAAAACUUUUAGUGAACAUAGUUUCCUGUCGUGAAUUGAAUAGUCAUGGCAGUCCAACAUCCUCUUGAACUGGCAAAUGGUUGCUAUGAUGAUGAUGGGCAUUCAUUGAGAACUGGAACCUUAUGGAGUUGCGUUGCUCAUAUUAUUACUGCUGUUAUUGGAUCUGGAGUUCUGUCCUUGGCUUGGAGUACUGCACAGCUAGGAUGGAUAGCAGGGCCAGUUUCCUUGCUUUGCUUUGCGAUUGUCACCUAUGUUUCAGCUUUCCUCCUUUCCGAUUGCUAUAGGUCCCCUGACCCCAUAACAGGAACACGAAACUACUCUUACAUGCAUGCUGUUAGAGUAAAUCUUGGUAAAACACAGACAUGGUUUUGUGGUUUGCUUCAAUAUGUGAGCAUGUAUGGAACUGGUAUUGCUUAUGUUAUUACUACUUCAACUAGUAUGAGAGCAAUUCAAAGAUCAAACUGUUACCAUAGAGAAGGGCAUAAAGCUUCAUGUGAAUAUGGGGACGCUAUUUAUAUGCUGCUAUUUGGAGCUGUUCAGAUACUUAUGUCACAGAUUCCUGAUUUUCAUAACAUGGAAUGGCUCUCGGUAAUUGCAGCAAUCAUGUCCUUCACCUACUCUUUUAUCGGAUUUGGACUUGGUGUUGCACAAGUUAUAGAAAAUGGGACGAUUAAGGGGAGCAUUGCUGGAGUCUCAGCUGCCACUACUGCCAAUAAGUUAUGGUUAGCAUUUGAAGCACUGGGGGACAUUGCUUUUGCCUAUCCAUACUCGAUCAUUCUGCUUGAGAUACAGGAUACUUUGAAGUCACCUCCACCAGAGAAUAAGACCAUGAAGAAGGCCUCCAUGAUUUCAAUCUUCAUCACAACUUUCUUUUACCUAUGUUGUGGAUGCUUUGGAUACGCAGCCUUUGGCAACAAUACACCUGGAAAUCUCUUGACUGGGUUUGGGUUCUUUGAGCCUUACUGGCUCGUAGAUUUAGCGAAUGCUUGCGUUGUUCUUCAUUUGGUGGGAGGAUAUCAGAUAUAUAGUCAGCCUGUGUUUGCAUUUGUGGAAGGAUGGUUCAGUAGGAAAUUUCCAAGCAGUGGUUUUGUGAAUAACUUCCAUUCCUUCAAACUUCCAUUGAUUCCUCCUCUUCAUAUCAAUCUUUUCCGGCUAUGUUUCCGAACUGUAUAUGUUGCAUCAACUACUGCUGUUGCAAUGGCCUUCCCUUACUUCAACCAAGUUUUGGGAGUGCUUGGAGCCUUGAACUUUUGGCCUUUGGCAAUAUACUUUCCUGUGGAAAUGUACUUUGUGCAGAAGAAAAUAGGUGCUUGGACAAGAAAAUGGAUUGUGCUGAGAACAUUUAGCUUUGCUUGCUUGCUAAUAACAAUUGCAGGCUUACUUGGGUCAAUUGAGGGACUUAUAAGUGCUAAACUUGGCUGAGACUGCUAUUGCUGAGAUCUUUCUGCCAAUAGACUACCAGUAAUCACAUGUUGUGUUGGAAGAUGAGAAUAUUAUGCCUCUUGUCUUCCUGUCCUGUUCUAAUAUUAGGAUGAGAUUUCUUGCUUUGCUAGAAGGAAACUAAACUAAUAUUGAGAAUAAGCAUGCAGUUUCAUGGGAAGUUGGUGAAGAA